AUGCCCUCCCCGCUGAGUGCACAAGGCUUCCAAAGUGACUGUCCAUCAUCUUUGCAUGAUUUUAUCAACUACGAUACAGUAGAAAGACUGUUCGGACGGUAUUUUCCCAAGAGCUGUCUGCUCAAAAUGCCCUCCCCGCUGAGUGCACAAGGUUUCCAAAGUGACUGUCCAUCAUCGUUGCAUGAUUUUAUCAACUACGAUAUAGUAGAAAGACUGUUCGAUCAGAACUGGUUUAGGAAAUUUCAGCUACAGCAGAAGGCAGCAUUUAAAACAUGCUUCCUGAUCACCCUGCCACAGCACCAGAUCCCAGUAGACUUCACAUGUCAAUGCAGAUACCUUGGUGCUCUUUUCAGCAGAUCCUAAAACAUUUUUUCUUUAGGAAAUGGUGGAUCAACACUUCAUGUUCUUCGAUGCUUGGAAGAUUUGUAUGGUGAUAAAUGGACUUCUUUUAUUGUGCUGCUAAUUCAUUCUGGUGGUUACAGUCAACGUUUACCAAAUGCAAGUGCGCUGGGAAAGAUUUUCACAGCUUUGCCUUUUGGCGAUCCCAUUUACCAGAUGUUGGAACUGAAGCUCGCCAUGUACAUUGAUUUCCCCAGUCACAUGAAACCAGGAAUCCUCAUUACGUGUUCGGAUGACAUAGAGCUUUACAGCACUGGAGUUACAGAAACCGUCACAUUUGAUAAACCUGGAUUUACCGCAUUAGCUCACCCUUCAGAUUUGACAGUUGGGACCACUCACGGAGUGUUUGUUUUAGAUCCAUCCAGUUUUUCAGGAACAGGAGGACUUGAAUACACGUCUUGCCAUCAUUUCCUGCACAAGCCUGAUAUUGAGACGAUGCGCCGGUGUGGUGCAGUAUGCGUAAGAGGGAAUUGUUCUCAGCUAAGUUCCUCUGGAGACCACGGUGACUCAGAAAUGGACUCGGAGUGUGUCUAUACAGACAGUAUAUUUUACAUGGAUCAUAGCACUGCGAAACAGUUACUGACGUUUUAUAAGCAGAUGGGCACUCUUUGCUGUGAAAUAGAUGCAUAUGGUGACUUCCUCCAGGCCCUGGGACCUGGAGCCACUCAAGAUUACACAAAAAAUACCAGUAAUGUCACAAAAGAGGAGUCACGGUUAGUAGAAGUACGACAGAAGCUACGCUCUCUUCUGAAAGGAACUACGCUUAAUGUUAUAGUCUUAAACAACUCUAAGUUCUAUCACAUUGGAACUACUCAAGAGUAUUUGUUUCAUUUUACAUCUGAUAGCAAACUGAAAUUUGAGCUCAACUUGCUGUCUGUGGCUUUUAGCGUCUUUUCUGACAAAGCUGAGACCUUGGAUCAAUCAGGAAGUAUCAUUCAAAGCAUACUUGAGCCUGGAUGUUCUAUAGGACCUGCAUCCGUUGUUGAAUACUCUAGAAUUGGACCUGAAGUCUCCAUAGGGAAGAACAGCAUUAUUAGCGGAUCACACAUAAAUUUGAAAGUAGACAUACCUUCAAACUGUUUUCUGAGUUCAUUAAGUAUAAAAAUUAACGAUCAAGUAAAGUAUGUAAGUAUGGUGUUCAGCGUAGAAGACGACUUCAAAAAGAGUGUGAAAUUGUUGUCAGAUAUACAUUCACUCAAGUUUUUUGGAGUCGGCUUACUAGAAUGCUUGGACCUCUGGGGUGUAAAGGUUUCAGACCAGCUCUUCUCCAGUGAGAACACACGUUUGGGGUUGUGGACUGCUAGGAUUUUUCCUGUUUGUUCUACUUUAAGUGAAUCAGCUAGAAUGUCGUUAAAAAUGUUAAAUUCUGUGCAGCACAUGUCAGCUUUUAAACUGAAUGGGUUUAAGCUCUUGUCUGUUGAAGAAAUGCUCACCUACAAAGAUGUAGAAGAUAUGUUGAAGUUUAGGAAGCAAAUUUAUGACAAAAUCCAUCUACAAAGACGAAAAGAGAAGUCUGAUUUGUAGAAGGAACGGUACUUGAACAGAUCUCCUGUUUUCAUUUGUGGAUGAUUGACAGCUUCUCAGCUUGUAAAAAUCAUGAGAAAAAAGUACACAGAUCUUUUC